CAGUCUCGGAUGGGUUCAUAGAAAGUUCACUCGCAUAUAUUAGGCAAUUCAAUCUUUCAUUCUCUGUGAGCAAACUAGUAUGAAAUGAGCUGCAUGGAGGCAGGAUAACCCAUUCGUCAUCCGAACGGGGAGAAAUGGUUUUAAAACGCGAUCUGUAAUAUUUAUAAGAACAUAUUUUCAGUACGGUGGGCUCGAGCGAGGAGCUUGUUAAGCGCACUGGACCGAGAUGUGCACGUUGGAACGUUACGGAGGUGACUGACUGGCUGACACACGAUGGAAUGUUACGGAGGUGACUGACUGGCUGACACACGUUGGAACGUUACGGAGGUGACUGACUGGCUGACACACGUUGGAACGUUACGGAGGUGACUGACUGGCUGACUGACACACGUUGGAACGUUACGGAGGUGACUGACUGUCUGACACCUUUUCGUCUCAACAACCGGACACCAGAGGAAAAUGGCAAAUCAUCAUUUGGGUCAAUUACAAGCUUUUAGCGGUGUUGUCUGUCAUAAUUCAUGACAUAGUCUGGGAAGAAGACCAAUAUUUUACGUGCCAUAAAGGGGCAGACUUUGAUGGAGUUGUGUGCACUUAUGUUCGCGAUUAUUAUCCACACCUAAAUUAUAUUUAAAGGGAUACAAUAACAGGCAGACUUUUGCGACUAAGGGAAAUCAUGUUUGAUUGUAUGGAUUUGCUAGCGGUGAGCCCAGGACAAAUGUUGGAUUUCUACACUUCGAGUCCCUCUUCGUGCAUGCUACAAGAGAAGGCACUGAAAGCGUGCUUCGGCGGGCUCGCUCAGAGAGACUGGCAACACCGCCGGAGCGCACAUUCCAUCGAGACCCAGAGCACCAGUUCUGAGGAGCUGGUCCCAAGUCCCCCGUCCCCCCUGGCCCCGCCCCGCGUCUACAAGCCCUGCUUCGUGUGCCAGGACAAGUCCUCGGGGUACCACUAUGGUGUCAGCGCCUGCGAGGGCUGCAAGGGUUUUUUCCGUAGAUCCAUCCAGAAGAACAUGGUGUACACGUGUCACCGGGACAAGAACUGCAUCAUCAACAAGGUGACCAGGAACCGCUGUCAGUACUGCCGACUCCAGAAGUGCUUUGGCGUGGGCAUGUCCAAAGAGUCUGUCCGGAACGACCGCAAUAAGAAGAAGAAGGAGAGUCCCAAGCCAGAGCUGACCGAAAACUAUGAGCUGAAUGCAGAACAAGAGGCCAUCAUAGAGAAGAUACGCAAGGCUCAUCAGGAGACCUUCCCAUCGCUCUGCCAGCUGGGGAAAUACACCACGAAGUCGAGUGCGGAACAACGCGUGAGGCUGGACCUGGGGCUGUGGGAUAAGUUCAGUGAGCUGGCUACUAAGUGCAUUAUAAAGAUUGUGGAGUUUGCCAAACGAGUGCCUGGCUUCACAGGACUCACCAUAGCUGACCAGAUCACGCUGCUUAAAGCUGCCUGCCUUGACAUACUGAUUCUACGUAUCUGUACGAGGUACACUCCGGACCAGGACACCAUGACGUUCUCAGACGGACUGACCCUGAACCGGACCCAGAUGCACAACGCAGGCUUCGGCCCGCUCACCGACCUGGUGUUCACCUUCGCCCACCAGCUGCUGCCCAUGGAGAUGGACGACACAGAGACAGGCCUGCUCAGCGCCAUCUGCCUCAUCUCUGGAGACCGGCAGGACCUGGAGGAGCCCUCUAAGGUCGACCAGCUCCAGGAGCCUCUACUGGAAGCUCUGAAGAUCUACGUGAGGAAGAGGAGGCCCAGCAAGCCACAUAUGUUCCCCAAGACCCUGAUGAAGAUCACUGACCUCCGCAGCAUCAGCGCCAAAGGUGCGGAGCGGGUCAUCUCGCUGAAGAUGGAGAUCCCUGGGUCCAUGCCUCCUCUGAUCCAGGAGAUGCUGGAGAACUCAGAGGGCCAAGACGGCCAGAGCAGCACCGAGGGCGAGGACGGCAGCAGCCCCAAGAAGGGAAUCCCUAAGGGGGGUAAACCCUGCCCUGUGUCCCCUGACCCUGACCCAGAUGCUUCAGACAGCGACGGGCCCACAGCGGCCCCCAAGGAGGAGGAGGAAGAGGACCCCUAGGUCCCCGUUGGAACUCAGGGGCCUCUCAGACUGACACUCUCUCUCUCGCUGACAUUCCUUACCAUAGUGGACCCCCCUCCUUCUCCCCUCUCCUCUCCUCCUCCCCUCAGGCCGUUGGUCCCUUAAUGAACCACCACCACCUUUGCUUGUUCUUAUGUUAUCCUUUACGUUUGUUUUUUCCUUCUCUCUCUUUAUCACUUACUUUUCCCUUCAAAAAAUGACAACACUAAAACCUAAAAGGACCAGUGGUUGGUUUGUGUAUAAUUCUACAUUUAUUGAGCUCUUAUUUUGGCGUUGUGUCUUGGGGACUAGGGUGUGAUUGGUCGAGUUGGGUUUGACCUCGCCCGGCCACGCCCACUUACUUGUUGUACACAAAGGUCAUAGGUCAUCCUCCUCAGGUCUCCUGUAUAAAUUCAUCCCUGCAUGAUGGACUCGACAAGUUUAAUAAGUAGUUUUAAUCUCUCCCUCUUUGUCGGUCUCUCUCCCUCUUUGUUGGUCUCUCUCUCUCUCUCUCUCUCUCGGUCUCUCGGUCUCUCUCUCUCUCUGUCUGUCUCUCUCCC